GGGAUUUCCAAACCACUUUACAUUUAAAUGGGAAUCCCAUUAAGUAAUAAUCCUUUAUUUCCUAUUAGUAGAGAGUCUGAUUUUAGUAUUUACAACUUCAUGUGGAAAUGAAGACCAUCAAUUUUAAUAUCGGGAACAUGCAAUUGUACAAAUUUCAGAACUUAAGCGCAUCAGGAAGCAAAGGAAAAAUCGAUUACAAAAUUCUGUCUUUACAAUCAUGAAACAAUUCGAGUAAAAUAAGUGUUUGAUUACAGAUGAAUAUCUUAGAAACUGGAUCAUUUCAAGUAGAAGACUAUAGCAUCUUUGAAUGAUUUAUCAUCGGCAUGUAAGCUGGAGAAGCGACAAUUCGGUAGCUAUAUGACGAAGGGGAGCGACGGUUAAGAGGUUAAAACAUGGUAGGCAGAAUACAUGGAAUUCAGUGUAGCAUUCUGCCCCAAAAGUACGAAGAAAACUUAAGAAGCUAGCUACCAUAGAACCCACCAGCUAGUUGGUCCUACUCAGGAUUUAUCGCUGCAUUAUUCUUCUGAAGGAUGAAGGCAAAUGGACGUUUCGGUUAGCUUCUCUACCCUUCCAAAUCACCUGCCGGAAUUUCAGAGAUUAUUAAACAUGACCGAGCUGGCUAAAACAGUGACUGGAUUUCUGGCUGUAUUUUAUUACUGGAUAGAGAGUAUUGUUUUGUUUUUCGUUCCUGUUAGACUAAAGGCGAAGGACAUAAGUGGUGAACUAGUUUUGGUGACUGGAGCAGGUAGUGGCUUAGGACGUAGCACGGCGCUAAAGUUUGCUGAAAAAGGCUGUAAUUUGGUGUUAUGGGACAUCAGUACCAAAGGCAAUGAAGAAACUGCCGCUAUGAUAAGAGAAAAAGGUGUCAAAGCCUACACAUACGAAGUGGAUGUAACGAGCAGCGAAGCCGUUUAUGAAGUUGCUGCUAAAGUAAAAAAAGAUGCUGGUAUUGUGACCAUUGUUGUCAACAAUGCUGGGAUUGUAGCCGGUAAAUCCAUCCUUGAUCUCGAAGAAAAGUCAAUCCGUAAAGUUUUUGACGUCAAUGUUUUAGCACAUUUUUGGGUUAUCAAAGCUUUCCUCCCUGAUAUGUUGGAAAAGGAUCAUGGACAUUUGGUAACUAUCUCUAGUCUAGCUGGUCUAGGUGGCAGUGCCAGAUUAACAGAUUAUUGCGCUUCCAAAUUUGCGGCCCACGGGCUCAUGGAUGCUCUUCAAGUUGAAUUACAUGCUGAAGGUCGAAAGAACAUUCAUACCACUGUUAUUUGUCCUUUUUUCAUCAAUACUGGAAUGUUCAACGGAGCAACAACAAGGAUCUUCAGUAAUUUAGAACCUGAUUUUGUAGCAGAAGAAGUUAUAACUUCAGUUAUGUGUAACAAGUCUCUGGUUUUAAUUCCACGAUUUUUUCAUAUUUUAUAUCAAUUAAAAAUAUUGAUGCCAGCUCGAUCUGUCUUGGCUCUUCAUGAUGCAACAGGGGGUACUGACUCAAUGGCUAAGUUCACAGGAAGAAAUUCUAAAAAAGUGCAAUGAACAUAAGUAAUCUGGAAGACCUUAUUUUUUAAUGUACAAAUGUUUUUAAUAAAAAAACCAUAUGCUA